AUGAGCGGAGCUACGCUGGCAAACUCCAGUGCGGUAGUACUAUAUCGCGACUCACUGGGCAAAGCAGUGGUGAAGAACGUCAUCGUGCUGGUCAUCGGACUCUCCAUCAACUACAUCAAUGUCGGCCUCAUGUACACCUUCUGCAAGCACCACAUCUUCUACCUGAACCCCCGCUACAUCCUGUUCUUCCACCUGGUUGUGAACGACAUGAUCCAGAUGAGCGCCACCAUCUUCCUCUUUGUCUUCAGCUUCACCUUGUACCGCAUCAGCGUGAGAAUGUGCGCCAGCUUCAUCCUGAUGGCCGUCAUCACCUCGGAAAACACGCCCCUCAACCUGGCCUGCAUGGCGGCCGAGUGCUACGUGGCCGUCUGCCUGCCGCUCCGCCACGCCCGCUUCUGCACCGUCAGGAGGACCCUGCUCCUCAUCGCCGCUAUUUGGGCCACCAGCUUCUUCUCCACCUUCCCGGAUCUCUUCGUCACGCUGGCCACCGAGCCCGCCGAGUUCUUCUCCACCAAGGUCUUCUGCCUUCGAGAAACCGCCUUCCCCAAUCCGGAGUUGACCCGGAAGCGGGACAUCACCUACAUCGUCUAUUUGGUCCUUGUCUGGUCGGUCAUCUUCUUUUUGUACUUCAAGAUCCUGUUCACGGCGCGGUCGGCCAGCAAGGACACCAGGAAGGCCAGGGGGACCAUCGUCCUGCACGGCGUUCAAGUCCUGCUGUGCAUGACCAUGUACGCCUUGCCGCUGGUCAGGGAAGCUCUUUUCCGUUGGUUUCCCAAGAACUACUCGGACUCGCUCUUCGCCUGCUACAUCGUCGUGCAGAUCCUGCCUCGAGCCAUCAGCCCCAUCAUAUACGGCGUGAGGGACAAGUGCUUCCGCAAGUACCUCAAAAACUACCUCAUCUGCAGGAAGUGA